AUGGCCCACCCGGACGAUAAUCUCAUUCCUCACUAUGGCUCAUUCCUUUGUAACAAACUCACCCGCCUCAGAACAUCUUGGUCCGACAAAAUAUCAUAUGGUGGCCUUGUCAGUUUAUUUGCCAAAAGUGCUCCAGUCCGGGACCCAUAUCCCGAAACUCACCAACUCAUACCCGGUGAGACCUACCUUACCACGGGAGUUCUUGAGUCUAUGAGAAUGUUUCGGGAGGAGGACGGGAACCAUAAUUGUACCGUGGGUCAAAACCACGAUCCAAGGCUCCUUAUCACCCCGGAGAACCGGGGUAUCCUUGCCCUCAGGCGUCCUAACAAUUUCACCGACUGGCAAAUCACGUCAUAUCUCUUCCCCGACUCCUUCUCCGAGGAGGAAAAGGAGGAAGGUGAGGAGAGUGAUGGGGCGACACCACAAAACUCCCCUCCCAUGGGUGAUGCUAGCUCAUCCCACCAUGCUGGAUAA